AUGAGCCGUCCCUUGUUUCUCCGUAUUUUCGAUGCUAUACAAAGACAUGACAAUCACUUUGUCCAGCAAAGAGACGGUCUCGGUAAACUUGGGUUGUCUGGUUUGCAAAAAAUCACUGCUGCAUUUCGAAUGUUAGCAUACGGUUUACCGGCGGAUUCUACUGAUGAGUAUAUCAAAAUAGGGGAGUCUACGGCUAUAGAAAGUUUGAAGAAAUUUUGCCGUGCUAUUGUCGAGGUGUUUUCCAACCGCUAUCUUCGAUCACCUAACGCUAACGAUGUUGCACGGCUACUUCGCAUUGGUGAAAGCCGAGGAUUUCCAGGUAUGUUGGGUAGUUUAGAUUGUAUGCAUUGGAAAUGGAAAAACUGCCCAACUGCUUGGGGAGGACAAUAUGCUGGUCGGAGUGGAUCUCCUACAAUUAUUUUAGAAGCUGUAGCUGAUUAUGAUCUUUGGAUUUGGCAUGCAUACUUUGGUCUACCAGGAACUAACAAUGAUAUUAAUGUGCUAGAAGCGUCUCAUCUUUUUGCUAAUCUAGCUGAAGGAACGGCUCCACCUGCUAAUUAUGUUAUUAAUGGGAAAAACUAUAAUAUGGGAUAUUAUCUAACUGAUGUCAAGAUUUGCAAUUGUUGCCGGGCCAUCACGCUUUUGGAAUAA